AUGGCUCCUCGCGAGGAGCUGAUAUCUUCAGCUAUCACCUUCCUCCAAGACCCUUCGGUUGCCUCGUCGCCAAUUGAGAAAAGAGUCGCAUUCCUUCAAUCUAAGAAUUUGACCCAAGAAGAGGUUGAUCUCGCCUUAUCGCGAGUGGGCGAGGACCCAUCCGCCGCGGCUGCAGCUACAGCCGCUUCCUCCUCUGCGCCCGCCUACUCCUCACAGCCAGUUCCAUAUCGUCAACCUCCACCUCAACCGCCCCAAGGAUAUGGAUACCCCCCUUAUAAUCAAUGGCAGCCACCUCCCGAGCCACCCAAAAGAGACUGGCGCGAUCUGUUCAUUAUGGCGACAGUGAUGGGUGGAGUUGGCUAUGGAUUGUGGUUCGUUACAAAGCGUUAUAUCUCACCUUUAAUUGCACCUCCAACUCCUCCUCAACUGGAGCAAGAUAAGGAAAAUAUUGAUGAGCAGUUCUCGCGGGCUUUCACGCUUAUCGAGCAGUUGUCAACUGACACCGCUGCUCUGAAGGCUGCUGAAGAAGCCCGCACCGAGCGCCUUGAUGGAGCUCUCAAGGACGUGGAGAGCCUUGUCGCUGAUCUCAAGAACUCAUCUCGUCGAAGAGAUGAUGAGACUCGUCGUAUCAGUGACGAGGUUAAGUCAUUGAAAGAUGCCAUUCCCAAGGCCCUGGAAGGAGCACGGGAAGGCAACGAGAACCGACUGAAGGAGCUCGGCACUGAGCUCAAGAGCUUGAAGACCUUGCUCGGUAACCGUCUUGGUGGCAGCGGGGCCAGCCCUGCGGCUGGCCGAACUGUUGGACCCACUGCCAUCCCUAGUGUGCCUCGCCCGGCGCCCGAAGAGACCGCCACCCCUGUUCCCUCUGUCCCAACACCCGCCCCCGCUGCUACCAACGGCCUGUCUCCUACGGUGACACCAGCCGAGCAGGAGCCAACUCAGUCGGCUUCUCCUGCGAGCACAAGCCAAAACUCCACCAACCCUCUGUCGCAGCUUGGUCGUUCAGCCUCCAUCCCCGCCUGGCAGAUGGCCGCGGCCAACCGGUCCAAGGCUAACUCCCAGUCAAGUGCGCCCGCAACCCCUACAGCUGAUGCCACAGCCAGCCCUGUCCAGGAGCAAACUGCGCCCCCCAGCUAG